CUAAAAGGAGUCCCUGUGCCGAAAAUCUCUCGGGUUCGUUGACCCUCCGGCAGUUGUACUCUAUACUACCGAUGGGGUUCCAUGCUCGCGUUCGGUAACGACAGCGCGGCCGUGCGGUGCGUAGGGUCAAAAAACCCGGUCCUACCUCCCCCCGUGACCCGUAACCAGGGCGUGUCCUAUUUCCCUCUCUGUCCGACGCGCUCGUACGUUGCGACUGAGCGCAGCGGAUCUCCGCGGCGCCUCAGUGUGCUUCGCGACGCGUAUCAACUCGUUCGGUGGGUGACGUCCGUGCGUACCAUGGCUCAGAACGGGGCCAAAGAGAAAGUCCCGAACGAAAAAUUGGUUCGCAGCCUUUUGAUGCGCUGCACUGCCGGCAAAAAGGACAAACAAUCGGCGGGAGGUUCCAAAAAAACCGGAGAAUCUUGGCCAGUGCCUGAAAUGGUUGGUUUCUACAGUCAAGCCGCUUUGCCUGUAUCUCCUACCCUUCACUCCACCCCCGAAGACCUCGCCGUCAAGAAGCUCGUCUGCAGUCCGGACCUGCCCAUGCCGGCCUUCUCCCAGGUUCGGCCGCCCCUACCCGCAGAACAGUGUCCCGUUUGCCACAAGAUGUUCAAUUCCAAGUCGGCAUUGCAAGUGCACAAUCGCAACGUGCACGUCAAGGAAGAAAGCGGCGCUGUUGUUACCCCAGCCGGCGAUCCGUACAGAUGCAACAUUUGUUCGAAAACGUUCGCGGUACCGGCGAGGUUAACUCGCCACUACCGUACUCACACGGGCGAAAAGCCUUUCAGGUGUGAAUUCUGCGACAAAAGUUUCAGCGUCAAGGAGAAUCUGAGCGUGCACAGACGCAUCCACACCAAAGAGCGCCCGUACAAAUGCGAGGUAUGCUCUCGCGCAUUUGAGCAUUCUGGAAAGUUGCACAGACAUAUGAGAAUUCACACUGGGGAACGACCGCAUAAAUGCACAGUUUGCUCUAAAACCUUUAUCCAAUCGGGUCAGUUGGUCAUUCAUAUGCGCACCCAUACGGGAGAGAAGCCUUAUGUUUGUACUGUAUGCCAGAAAGGUUUUACCUGCAGUAAACAACUGAAAGUCCAUUCCCGUACGCACACCGGUGAGAAGCCUUAUUCCUGCGAAAUCUGCGGCAAGUCUUUUGGAUACAAUCACGUUUUGAAGCUGCAUCAAGUAGCGCAUUAUGGUGAGAAGGUCUAUAAAUGCACUAUCUGUAACGAUACGUUCAAUUCAAAGAAAAGUAUGGAAGCUCAUAUAAAAAGUCAUUCAGAAAGUGUUUCUGUAGGCGUACAACACCCACCUCAGCCUCCUACACCGCCAUCUUCAAAUCCCUCCAGUGAGUCCGGAGCCAGUGACAAAGAUGACACUAAGGGAGGAAUAAGUGAGGAAGAAUUAUCAUUAGACAACCCAAAACCCAUCGACACCGAUUUUUAUUACGUGUACUCCAGAGGUAGCCUUUCCCCAGCAUACCUCCAACCUUCAUACCCAGCCUCUUCAGCGGGUGUUGAAUUAUUAGCAGCCGCAGCUCAAGCUAGGGAGAACGCGGAAUUCUACUCACCUAGCGGAUUAUUUGAGAUAAUCAAAGGACCCCAGGCUCUAAGACACUCGGUGUAUUUCCCCGCGGCUCCUACCCCUUCCCUGAACGCCGGGGAUGACAUUCGGAAGCGCGUGGAAGCCGCCCUGGUCCUGGAGGACUUGAGUUACGGUGCGGAGGAACGCGUGAUGACGCCCCCCAAUUCCAAUCCUGUUUCGCCCGCGCCCUCGUUUUCGCCCCCCGCCUCGCCGGACCCGGAGUUGAGCUUGCCCCCCCGGAAAAGGUCGAGGAUGAUCCAGAAAUCGAUGCAGGCCUCCAUAGAGUUGUCCCCGGUACGGUACAGCGUGAUUCAGUAUGCCGGGGCGUCAUAAAACUGUGUGCAAUAGACACUGAGAACUCUUUUAAGUAUAAGGAUUUUUAUUUGUAUAUUUCAAAACGUCGUUCGCUUUGGAGAAAGUUUUAAGUAUUUUGUGUUUUUCGGAAUAUUUUCGGAAGUAUCAAAAAUGCCUUCCAAAAAAGACUUUAUUUUCAGUAAAAUUGGAUUUCUUGAUAUUCUAAGAAUAUUGUAGGAAUUAAAAUCAAGUUUUUUCCUAGUAAAAAUAACUGACUAAAUAUUUAACUUUAUACCUUACAAGGUGGAAAUUUGUUCAAAAAAGUACUAAUCAGAAAUCUCUUAGACAAAAAAUAAAUUUUCAGUUAACAGUGACUUUAUUUUUCUUAAAAAGGUAAAAUGUAGAUACUUUUGGUUUUUAAGAAGAAAAUACUUGUUAGGUUUGAGUCAAGUUAAGGAAAAAACCCUUAUCUGACGCGUGGUAUAAGUUAAGGUCUUCCUUGAUAAUAGUUGCAAAAGAUCUACACUUAAAUGUGCAACUAUAGUUCAUCAUAAUUUCGCAUCUAAAGUAAGGUGAUUUACCUUUCAUUUAGGAGAAAAAUACCUUUGACUUUUUAAUGACACACUUGUUCAUUUUCACAAUUCAGUGUCUUCUUUAAAUGGAAUUUAGUACAGAUUUAAAUACAUUAGGUGCCAAUUUAGUUGAUAUAAAAAGUAAUCAAAUAAAUUCUAUAGUGACCCUACUUAAGAGUAUCAAUAAUGUAAUAAAUUCUAAAGUAUCAAUAAUGUAUAAUAAAUUUUAAGGUUUCCUCAAUUCCUUUUUAUGCCAAAUAAAUUGACACCUAAGUAUCUAAAUCUGUAGAAACUUUAGUCGAUUUAAAUAAAAAGUCACUUGGAUCCCUUUUAUUCUACGCCCCUCUAUUGUAAUUAAGGCGUUUUUUGACACUGCAGUUUUGGCGUUGGUUCAAUUGAACAAUUUUCUAAAAAGUUGAUUGUAGCUCAGUUGAGUUGAACUAUUAAGAAUCAUAAAUUAAGGGCUUUAAUAAUCAGUGAUUUUACUAGGAAAAAGCCAAAUAGUUAUACUUUUUUUUCUAUGAAUUCAAAAACUUUUUCCGGCACAUUUUUAUAACCGUAUUUAUAAAGCUUCAUAUCUUAUAUAUCGUUAAUUUCGCGUAAGGUUUUAUAUUAUAGGCAAUCCUUUUUUUCUUUCUGUGAUAAGACUGUUCGGUAUGUAGUGUAUUUUUAUUUGAAUUUUCGUGGCAGUGCCUGUGGCGGGAGCCUUGCAAUAUAUUUUUGUCUGUAGUUUGUGUGACAUCGCGUGAAGAUAUUUUAGUAUUAAGAUAUAACUUUUAUAUAAAGGAAUUGGCAAGGAUGAAAUCGAUUUUUUUUAUAACUAUAGUAUUUUAUAAUGAUACUUUUUUAGAGGAGCCUAUAUCGAUUUUGUCUUUGUCAAUUAAAAGGGAAAAUGAAUAUUGUAUGUUAAUUUAUAGUCGUAUCUGGCACUUUUGAGUGAGGCUAUACUUAAAAUAUAAGAAAUAUAUAACAUAUAUUACACUUAGUUUGUAAAAUCUACUAAUAACAAAGAAUAUUUUAUGUUACCGGAAGUGCCAGGGUCGGAUUUGCUUAUUAAAAUAGAUAUAUAUUUUUGUUUUGUUACGAAAAAAAUGUUUCGAUUAAAUCGGAACGGUAAUCAUAUGUUUGUAGUCGUGUUUUUUUAUAAUUAUUGUUUUGAAUGUUUAUUUUUCACAUUUUAAUUUAACAAAUAACGUACUGUAUAUCUAAGUCUGAGCUGCGAGGGAGUGGAUCUCGCUCGCGGUAUAAAUUAUUCUAUUCCUUACAUAAUAAAUAUUGUUGUCGUAACUGUAUCUAUAUUAUUAAAAAAAACAAAAAUAAAUUAGACAUUUUU